AUGGCCGCUCAGGGUUCUGAGAGCAUCAAUCUGGAGACGCUGGACACCCAGCAACUCAGUCAGGUCAAGAAGCAGUUGGAAGAAGAACUUGAGCACUUGACAAACUCGUUCGCCCAGCUACACAGCGCGCAGUCCAGGUUCAAGGAGUGUCUCCGGUGUGUCAAGGCCAGACCUGGUGCUGGGGAUGGCGACAAGUCUGUCCUGGUGCCGUUAACCAACUCCCUCUACGAUACCCAGUCUGCCGAGCGAUUUUACGAGGCCAAGGUUCAGAAUUUGAUGAACAAUAUUCAGGACCUCGAGGUGAUUGUACAGCGGAAAACGCUGAAUGUGCGAAGUGUUGAGGAUGUCGUGUGCAAAUAA